CAGCCAAGCGCGUGGGGACUCCUUAGCCGAUGGCGACUCAGAAAUGAACCCAAGGGACGAGACUGCAGGACACGCUUGAGACAUCAUUUCUGGGAUUGAGAGAUGAGGCUGCUACCACACAUUCUGCUAGCCCUCGCUUUCCUACCGGCCACUUUACGCCCGAUCGCGGGACAACAGAAAGCUCCUAGAAUCACCACCUUGCUGGAGACAGUGGAUGUAUUAUUGGAUCACAACGCCACGUUCAUCUGCGAAGUUGAUUCUCGCCCUCCUGCUGACAUCACAUGGACUCGCAAUAACGUACAGAUCAGGACUUCUGAAACGCAUUACCACACCAGAGAGAACGGCCAGUUGCUGGUCAUUGUGAACGUUAGGGACUCGGACAACGGUGAAUACUGCUGCACUGCCGAUAAUGGGAUCGGAGAGCCGGCGAAAAGUUGUGGUGCCCUACAGCUGAAGAUGAGGCCGCAAAUCAAACGACACCCAAGUAACGUAACGUUACUUAUUGAAUCCAAGGCAGUCUUACCUUGUGUGACGCUGGGAAACCCUAAACCAGAUAUCUCCUGGAUCAAAGAUGAUGAACUUGUCAAGGUCAGUGACCAUAUAACUAUAUUGGAUUACGGUGCUUUGAAAAUCCAUAGCAUCAAAAAGGAGGAUGCAGGACAAUAUCGGUGCGUGGCAAGGAACAGCUUGGGCACGGCCUACUCAAAGCCCGCUACCAUCGAGGUUCAGGCACCGGCUCGGAUUCUGAAAGUCCCGAAAGAGAAAAGGGUCCCGUUUGGGACUGAGGUGACAAUGGAAUGUAACGCCACAGGCAAUCCUGUCCCCACCAUUACAUGGCUGGAGAAUGGAAAUGCUAUAUCAGGGGCAUCUGUGGAGGACACCAUAGUGGGCGAGGUGGUUCUCUCGGUUCUUCGCGUUGUUGUGAACAAGCCGGCACUUUAUACCUGUCUGGCCACCAACCGGCCAAGUGGAGGAGCCAACACGAUGAAAGCCACCGCUAAGGUCACAGUUUCAGAAUGGAGGCUAUACAAGGGCAACGCUGGCUACUGUGGUACUUACCGAGGGGAGAUGUGCCGAGGGGCUCUGCGUGCAGAUGCCCUGCUUUUCUUCAACACCUCGCUCGGUGACCCCGAGGACACUCAGGAGCUAAUUGUACAGAGUUCCUGGGCAGGACUGGAGAGGGUUAGCACCCUCUGUAGGCAAGCAGCUCGAGCCCUGAUCUGCCACCAUGCGUUCCAGGACUGCAACCCCUCUGACCUGGGACCAGUACCCAAGCCAGUCUGCAGAGAACACUGCUUGGCAGUGAGGGACUUUUAUUGUGACAAAGAAUGGCUGUCCAUGGAGGACAGCUCUCACAGAGGGAUAUAUUCAUCACGGACUGGGAUCACCCUUCCCGACUGCACACACCUACCAAACCAGAAGACAGACGACAGCGCCUGUACCGCCAUUUCCUACAUUGAUAUCAAAAAAGAUCAAGUUACAACAAAAUGCUAUAAUGACAGAGGACAGUUUUACUUGGGAACAGCCAAUGUCACAGCAUCUGGUGUACCAUGUCAGAAAUGGAGUCAGCAAAGUCCCCACACCCACCGGCUCUCCCCCGGGAUUAUCCCAGAGUUGCGGAAUGCAGAGAACUACUGCCGGAACCCGGGAGCGGAGAAGGAGCGACCCUGGUGCUUCACUACCAGUCCACUACUGAGAUGGGAAUACUGCAACGUUCCCAAGUGUGGAGAGGGUACACAGCUGACCCAUAUGAUGGUGCCAGCAUCCACCUACCCUCGGCAGCUAACCCCAAACCUCCCUCCAUCAGUCUCACCUACCUACUCCAUGAGCGUCAUAAUUUUUGUCAUGGCUGGCGUCGCUGCAGCAGCCUUCCUCACCAUCCUCGCGCUCAUGUGUUGCAAGAGGAAAAAGCUGUGGAAGAGCAGGAAAAGGGUGAUGGAGACCCCCGCGCUGACAGCCCUGCCCUCGGAGCUUCUGCUGGACCGCCUGCACCCCAACCCCAUGUACCAGCGUCUGCCCUUGCUGCUCAACUCUAAGCUCUUAAGCCUAGAGUAUCCUCGCAACAACAUUGAGUAUGUCAGGGACAUUGGAGAGGGUGCCUUCGGUCGUGUCUUCCAAGCCAGGGCCCCAGGGUUGCUGCCCAUGGAGCCUUUCACAAUGGUGGCUGUGAAGAUGCUGAAGGAGGAGGCUUCAGCAGACAUGCAGAAUGACUUCCAGAGGGAGGCGGCACUCAUGGCGGAAUUUGAUCACCCCAAUAUUGUCAAGCUGCUAGGGGUUUGUGCUGUGGGUAAACCAAUGUGCCUGAUGUUUGAGUACAUGGCUCACGGCGACCUGAACGAGUUCUUACGGCGGCGCUCGCCAAAUCUGCAGGCCAGCCUAAGCCGGACCAGCCUCUCAGGCCGUAGCUUCUCCUCCGAGCUCGAAGCGAGCCCUCUCACGUGCUUGGAACAGCUCUACAUCUCCAAGCAGGUGGCGGCCGGCAUGGCCUACCUCUCCGAGCGCAAGUUCGUCCAUCGCGACCUGGCCACUCGCAAUUGUCUCGUGGGUGGCGACCUGGUGGUGAAGAUCGCGGACUUUGGCCUGUCACGCAACAUCUACUCGGCUGACUACUACAAAGCCAAUGAGAACGACGCCAUCCCCAUUCGCUGGAUGCCGCCCGAGUCCAUCUUCUACAACCGUUACACCACCGAAUCGGAUGUGUGGGCCUACGGGGUGGUACUGUGGGAGAUAUUCUCCCACGGCAUGCAGCCGUACUACGGCAUGGCCCACGAGGAGGUCAUCUACUACGUGCGAGAUGGGAACAUCUUGUCCUGUCCGGAAGGCUGCCCGCUGGAACUGUACAACCUCAUGCGGCUGUGCUGGAGUGGCCACCCCACUGACAGGCCCAGCUUUGUCAGUAUCCACCGUAUCCUGGAGCGAAUGCAUAGCCAGAUGCUGCAUGCCAGCCUGCCAUGACCGCUAACCUUUCUGAUCCUCAUCAUCUUUCUCCAGAAUCAGAGCUUCCAUUGACCCUGACUUGGGCUUAAAGAGGUCAGGCAGUAAAAGUGUAAUUUUUGUGACAGGAUGUACCUGUUCUGUUUGAUCAUGGAAGAUGCUGCAGCCUGUCAAGAAUUUGGCCACAACAAAGGUGUAAAAUUACGGUAGGAUGAUAGACCCAGACAUGGCCACAUCGGGCGCCUUGUUAAGAGGACGGUCCUGAAUUCACUCCUUCCCUCCUCUGUCCCAGCGCGUCAUUCGGUCCCCGCACUUCCGGUCCUUGACGGAAUGAUCGGUGCAGUUGUGGCAACUCGCAUUUCGGCAUAAGACCUGAUGUGCCUGAACGUUAGAAACACAAUGCAUGAAUUGUUCCUAUGUGCGUUCUACACUUCUGUAUUUCAACACUGUUCAUACUUUGAAAGCUCAAAAUUUUUAUGAAAGGCGUUCAGUUAGAAUAUAUCUAGAAUUGUGAACCAAACUGAAUUUUUAGUUUUAUAUAUGUUAAUAUGCCAGGCUACCCAGAAAUUAUAUGUUGAAGACAGAAGCAGUUAAAUGGUUUUUUUGUCUUUUUUUUUUUUCUUAUAAAUCAGUGUAGACUCAUUGCUUAAGGUUCCCACUGUUAAGCCUGGUUGUUUGGGGGAACACUCAAGAGUUGUACAGUUAGACAGCUUUUUUAGGUGUAAGAUUUACAUUUGCUGCUACAGUGGUGGUUGCAUUCAAAUCAUUAGUCUGUCGAGUACAUUUUGUUAGCUCCUAUAAUAUUCUGCAGAUAUCCUGAGUUAUCCAAAGCCGGCUUUGAAAUGCAUCUGUUGGGACAGGUAAUCAAAAUAUACUUCAAAUCAUUAUGGGAUGUCUGGGACAUAGUAACAUAUCGGACAAACUGUCGUGAUCUAUUUGGACUAUUGUCUAUUCCAUAG